GGUGCUGGUACUGCUGGCGGCGUAUAUAUCCCAUGUCGUCCUUCUUUUCUCAUUCUCCCCCCUCGUAGCUACAACCCAGUCUCCGUGUGGACUGAGCUUCGUCCUUCACCAAGUCCACACCCGUCAUUAUUACCCUUCCAUCAACAGUCACACCGACAACAGCCUUUCCAACGACCGCCCGCCAUGAAGACCUCUGUCCUCGCCCUCCUCACCGUCUUGGCCUCCACGGCCCUCGCCCAGUCCACAACGCCGCAGUGCGUCCGUACCUGCGGCACCCAGAACCCAACCUCGUCCUUCUGCGACGGCGACGAGACAGGGGUCGCCCUGAGCAACUGCACCUGCCAGACCCUCUUCAACUCGAAGCUGCUCAGCUGCAUCAAGUCCAGCUGCUCCAGCUCGGACCUCACCACCUACGCAAACAACCUGCCCCAGCCUUGCGGGUCGACUCUGUUCCCUGGCCUGGUCACCGGCGGCGGCAGUUCGUCUGCUGCGGCAGGGCCCACGACGACGCCGACUGCUGGUGGUGGAAGCACGGGAACAACACCGGCGAACACAGCGACCGGCGCUGGCCAGUCGAGCUCGACCACAAGGCCCGCGGCUCCCACGACGACUGCUCCUGGUGCGGCCAACGGGCUUGUUGCUCCGGGGCUGGUCUUGGCUGCGGGCCCUCUGGUUGCCGCAGUGCUCCUGUAGAUGGCAAUGGACUAGGGAAGAUUAGAGUUGCCAUGACUAGGGCGACGAAUCUGGAGGUUUUUCAAGAGAUUGUGGUACGCACCGAGAAGAAUGGGUUCUGGUUAGUACUGAAAGCAGAGUUCUGCAAGGGAAGUAGGAAACUUGAAGAUGAGGACCAAUGAUAUAUCGUCAGAUGUCGAGAUACACGAGAUAAGACAGAGCAAAAUACCCGGCAACUCAGAAUAAGCAAUACACACAUACAAACAUGCAU